AAGAGUACUGUAGUAUUGUCAACGUAGCCAGCUGGCAAUACGCUUACGCCGAAAAGACAGUGCCUGAAAUCAAAUGGAUAACCUCCAUGACGCCCUCCAAACAGCAGUCUGCCGCCCAGUGCACACAAGGGACGAGCUAUGGAUUCGCUAAGGAUCUCAUGUGGGUCGACAAAGGCUGCCGGGCUGAUUUCCAAGUGUGUUACCUCGCAGGCAACUGCUGGAAGACCAACGUGAGCAGCUGGAAGUACAAGUUCUUUACCCAGGUCCUUGAUGGUGUGAGCUGUAUCUACUCUAUGAAAGUCGUCAAACAGAUCUCUGCAGCAGACUGUCAACUUGGCUCGACUUUUGGCUUCAUAGCUAACAAUGUCUGGGUAGACAAGGGCUGCAGAGCUGAUUUUGAAAUCUGCUAUUUGUAAAUCUCGUUCUUUUCUGCCCAAUGCCAUGUGAUGAAGUAGUUUUUGUUUUAAAUUCAAAGCAUUGAAUAAUAAAUCUCAAAACGUUCUAAAAAUGA